AUGCUACCGUUCGAGCGUAUACAUGUCCUUACGAGUGAGCGUAAGACUCAUGAGCCAGGAUCGUGUCCCUACCACGAGGAGCUCCCCGCCAGUACCCGAGGAGACGUCCAGGUGGAGGAGAUCGGGCGCAGCGUCGAGGACAGGCCGAUAUACCAAGUCAUAAUCAACAGAAACGAUUCGGCAAGCACGGACAAGCCAGUCAUAUUCAUUGAAGCAGGGAUCUACGCGAGGGAGUGGGUGUCUCCGGCCUCGGCGCUGUACCUGGUGAACCGCCUGCUGCAGGACAGCCCGUCCCUGUCGCAGGAGGCCGAGUGGCGCCUCGUCCCGCUGCUCAACCCCGACGGCUACGUCUACUCCUGGCGACAUGAUCGUCUCUGGAAGAAGAACCGCGCCUCGACAUCCGACUCCGACUGCUCCGGCGUCGAUCUGAACAAGAACUUCGGCUUCUAUUGGGGAGAGAUCGGCUCCAGCAUCAACCCUUGCUCCAACAUGUUCCAAGGGCCAGUCCCCUUCAGCGAGCCCGAAACCAAGGCCCUUCGAGAUGCCGUCUACCAAGUCCAGAACAGAACAAAGGCUUACAUAUCGCUUCACUCGUUCGGACAAACGUUCAGCUACACCAGGAACCUCCGCAGUGACGUCAACCGAACCAGUGACGAAGAGCUGGAGCGCAUAGCGGAAGGAAUGAGGGACAGGAUCCAGGCUACCAGUGGUGCAGAAUACACCGUUACCAGAACUCCAGAAUCAAUCAUCGUCGGAGGAACCUCGGAGAACUGGGUGGCGAGCCUCGGCGUCCCUUACGUGUACACCAUGGAGCUCCGGGACAGGGGCGAGACCGUCUUCCACCUCCCGGAGGACCUGAUCGACGAAGCGGGUGAAGACGCCUGGGCGGCCAUGAAGUACCUGAGUGCGGAGCUCGAGGAGUAGGUGGAGUAGGAGGACCCGAGAGCCACAGAGCCACUCCCUGGCCGAAGAGAACCGUCGACGGACACUUCGUUGAACCACUUAUUUUCCUUUUUUUUUUUUUUUUUUUUUUUUUUUUUACUAACACUUUUUAAUGCAUAAGUGACCCUGGAAAAAAAAAGACUCAUUGUUACUAUAUUAAUUAUGGAUCUAUUUAUUAAUUUAUCAAAAUCUAUUUAUUACUUACUAAUAAAGAAAUUG